AUGCUUGUUCAUGUUCCACCACAAGAACUUUACAAUCAAUCUGGUUUUCCUUCAAUUUUCUUACAUGGCUGGGACUUUUAUUUCUUUGAUACAUGUACACCUGGAAGUGCCUUUCAUUUACAAAAAAUGUUACAAAUUGUCUCAUCACCAAAGAAACAAUUCAAAGAACCAUCCAAAUAUAUUCUAUGCGAUCUCAAUGUUCUUUUCGAUGACUGUCUAUGGGAUUUUUGUACACGAAUUCAAAUAUUUCUUCCACAAUUACCACGAGAAAUGUUCACCGAUGAAAAUGCUUAUGACUUCUAUCGAAAUCAAACAAGCACAACAAAACGUGUUGAAUGUUUAAAAAAAAUUCUUCAACGAUUAACUCAAUUACAAGAACAAAUGAUGAAUAUUUAUCAUGAACAAUUAUCCAAGAAGAAAAAUUCAUCACAAAGUCCUUAUAACAUAAUCUAUCAAAUGUCGAAAGAUAUUCUAUGUGGUAAACGUUUAAUAGGUUUAGUUGACGCUCUUCAACUGCAAAUUCGAGCUUCAUUAACGAAUUUUGUUUCCAAUCUAUUGAAAUAUCUUGCCAAUGAUUAUGGUUUAGAAACAUUAUCGAAACUAUCGGCCAAACAAAACAAUGUCGGUUCAACUCUGAAUCUAAUUGAUUAUACUUCAUUUGCUCUUGAUGUUAAUAUUAACGAAAAAUCCCCAUCGCCAACUCAAGGAAUAUUUCAAUUAGUUACACACUAUGAAUUAGAUUGUAAAGCAGCAGAUGAGUUAUGUAUUCGACAUUUACUGGUUAAUCUGAUGGCUAUGAUUAUCAAAGGAGGGGCGAAAAGUUUUCUUUGGACAUUUGCAUUUCAACCAUUGGCUAUUGAGAACACAUUCGUUAAAAAACUUAUACCAAAUAAAAUAUCCAUUACACAAAUUGCACUCUAUAAUACAGGUGUGAUCACUUUGAACGAUCGCAAUUGUUCAUGGAUCGAUCAAAUUUUACGUGCAAGUCUCAUGCUUGGAAAAAACUAUUUUCCAAAAUUGGACACAUCAUUCAAUUUUGAUUUUGCUUAUAUUCAAUCGUAUAUCAUCCGAACAUAUCUUCUUUUAUGUCACAUCAAUUAUCAACAUAUUGCUCAAAAAUAUCAGCUUUAUGAACCACGAAAAAUGACUCCUGUGGUGCUUAUGUACGAUGAUGAAACAUUUGAUCUCGAUGAAAAUUAUUCGGUGCCGUUAGAAGAUGAUUGGACUCAUUUGAAUGAUAUGCUCAUGGAUAAACUGUAUCAUGGUUAUAAUCUUCUGAAACGAAUUGCUUCAAUCAUAAAAAAUGAAUCGACUGAUUCAUCAUCCGUAAGUGUCUAUGAAUUGAUUCAAUCGAUUCCGCAGAAUGAAUCUCUCAUGCAACAGUUGGUUCAAUAUGAUGUCAGAGAUUUUAAAUUAUGUCAUUUGAAUCUUGUCGGGAAAUUAUAUCGAACAUUGAUUAAAACAUUCGAAUAUUCCUUUGCUAAUAUUCCUGAUCUCCUUCGAAUUCCGAUCGAUGCCGAUUUGAGUAAUACACUUCAACAAAUCUUUGAAACAAAACUUCUUAACGUUACUUACGAAGAAAAUAUCGACGAUCUACAAUCACAUAUCCAACACAUAAAUCAAUUCUUGUACGAUUUAAAAUCCAUUGAAGAUAUUCUCUUACAACAAUCGAAUGAAUCAUUAAGAUUGACUUGUACAAAUAUGGGUGUCGAUAAUGACAUUGCCACGUUGAUACCAGAAGAAAUUAAAUGUGAAAAUUAUAUUUCUCUUACUAUUUAUCUCAAUCAAGUUCAAUCAAUUCUACAAGAACGAAAAAUAAAUAUCGAAGAGAAAACAGCACAUCUUUGGGAGGAAAAUUUCCAUUCUGAUCGAAAUGAACAGGAUAUCAUAGAAAAAAAUCGUUAUCAUCGAUAUUUACAUGGAAAACUUGAAACUCAAUCGGAUUAUUCAAUGAACAGCUUCAAUAGUGAUGAUAGUGAUAACGAGGAUGACACUACCGAUGAACCAGAUAUCCUUCAAUAUUCAUCACUCUUUCAAUUACAUAUCAAUAGAGUUCCAAUCACCUCAUUCAAACAAGUUUCCGAAAGAAAUGAUCAACAAGCACAGCAAGUCGGUCCAUUGAAAAAGGUACAAAAAUUCGUCAUUACACAUCCCGAUGGUAAAAGUCAGUCGUGUUUGUGUAAAUGUGACAAUCUGUAUGAACAACUAAGAAAAACAUUUAAAGAAAGGAAAUAUGAUUCAAAUACCUAUGCUGUAGUCGACAACAAUAGAAUAUUGUUCGAUUUAACUAACGAUAACAAUCCCUUACCAAUGCCAUUGCCAGUGGAAUAUUGUAUCGUGGAAAAGGCUAUGUUACUUUCUAUUGAAUUUCGUCUCGGAACGCAAUCACUCAACUAUACAACCAUGGCCGAUUGUCAUUUCUAUUCUCUCACUGAUCGUCUUGUUAACAAUCAAAAUCUAAAAUUGCUGUCAUGUAAUAGUCGUUAUUGUUUCUAUGAUGAAAUCGGACGAUUUAUUGACGGUGGAAACAUUGGAGAUUUAUAUCGAGAAAAUGGUGAACUUCCAAUCGUUAUUCAGAUUGAAGAACAAGACGAUAGUGCUACUCUAUUUGAAAUUACGCUAACAUCAAAUCGAGGUUUAUAUCGAAUAUCAACUGAUUAUUUGAGUUUUAUAGGUGAAAAGAAAACGAAUGUAUUUCAUCCAAUGAUCAAAUGGCAGCACAUCGAAGUUUGGCGAAAAUUAGUUCUGCCAGAAAUUGAAUCGUCCUGCGUAUAUUGGAAUCGAGAUAAUGAAAGUAUCAACGAUGAAAAUCAGUCAAUUGCAUCUUUAGAAAUACCAGUGACAAAUGUGGAUGGUAUUUCUCAAGAUCAGACUAUGCAUAUUAUUUUCUCCUUUGGAAUAGCUACUCAACAUAUUCGUACAUUAAAAUCAAUGACAAUUGCACGUUUAUUAAAUAAUCGAUAUUGGUCAAAUCUGGAUAUGCAUACCUCUUUGAACGAUUGUUGUCUAUCACUUAGUGAAACUAUGGAUAAAAUACUUUCCGAAGUCGAUUUACAAAAAUCUGUCGGUGCAUAUCAAUGUAACGAUAGUGAAACCAUUCAUUUUCGAGUAUUAGUUCGUCUUAACAUUCUCAUAAAUGAUGAUCAACAAAAAAUGGAAAUCUUCCUUAAAGAUUCUACUACGACUAUCGAACAACUAUUACAGCAGAUACAAAUGUAUUUAAGUCCAUAA